GAACUUUCGUGGAAUUGACCCCUCCAGAAAUUUACAUACAAUGUUGGCAGAGCAAAGAAAACAACCCGCAAUACACGUUUUUAGAAAUGUGUUCAACCCAGGAGCUGCGAAUGUGGUGCACUUGGACGUUUUGGCACAAAACAUGUUGACGGGCACGCACACUGGCCCAUGACAGUGUUCCACAGCGGGGUUACAUUCUGAUCUUGCUCUCCGUACGACGACUGUUUCCAGACGAUGAAAAUGACAUUCAAACGCGGCUUCGCGUGCGGCAUGAUCACCGUGUUGGCCUUUGUAGGCGUGUAUCUUACCUUCUUCAACCACCCACCAGCGGACGAGACACUUCAGGCCAACGCCCAUAACUCUGCUCACAAGCUAGGCCCACCCAAAUUUUCGAACGACAUCGGACCGUCCAAGUCCAAUUCGGCCGACGGCUCCAGACAUAUCCUCAACCAGGAGGUCGACACAGCUAAGCGGACGAAGGAGAAAAUUCUAAGGGAUCAGGGCACUCAUCCCAAAGAUGACUUGCUAAGUCAAGGUUCCUCCUUGGCAAACGAUCCCCACGGGAACGACAGUGCCCGUGCAGUGGUGAACAUCGACAGUUUAAUUGAUGUCAUCGUGGCUUCGGAUCAGGAAAAACAGGAAAAAUCCCCCAAAGAGCCAGUUGGGCAGAUUUCUGCGAGGACCACUGCAGCAUCUGAAAAUGCAAAUGGUGUCAAGGAUGAUGUCAAAGAAGUCAACAUGAACGGAGAGAAAGGAGGCGCAGAUACAGACGGUGGUGGCAGAUCCAAGAUAAUCUCUCACCUCGACUAUCCCAGAUUCGACUGGGAUAAGUGGGUGACAGACAACAACUUGGUGGACGUGGGCACCAUGUGGGGAUACUGUGACGACCCUGAUCCAGCAGAGGUCGGUAAGAUACUGUUGAUGAAAGACGAAGACAGAGGAGGGCUGAAAGUGGUCGUCGUCAUGAAUACCACAUUCGACGAGCCAGUUGUGUCCGGCCUGAUUCAGGCCCAUGUCAUGUACGGGGAGAUGUCAUUCUAUGACAAAGAGAUGGACAUUUGCACGCUGUAUGACGAUACCGAGCUGGAACCAGGCGAAGAGAGAGACACAUUCUUCGACUGCCCCAUGGCAGCAGGAACCAAGUACUACACGAAAGAGCUGCAUGUUCCGUUUUUCCUCCCCAGCGGUCACUUCACAGCCAAGGCCAAGCUAGUCGACCAACAGGAUCGAUCUGUUAUCUGUACCUCUGCUGAACUGCAGAUAUGAAAGGAAACAAAAGGAUCCGGCAUAUAUUUCCUCAGUGAAAUUUGAAUAGCCUAUGCGGACGUCAAUGGUUUAUUACCUUUUUGAAAUUUUGGACAGAUCAAUGUAAAAAAAGAACCAUGUAUCAAGUUUGCUGUCUUUCUGUUUUUAGCCAAUCUGUCCAUAUAUUUGUGUCAAAAAUUACGCAUAGUAUUCGGAAUUACAAUUGCGUCACUGGCUGACGACGUAGUUCUUUUGACAAGUGUUUUGACUGGAACUUGCCAGGUUACAAUUACAAAAGAAAACGCUGACAGGAGUUGUGUUAACUGUGGUACAAAGUGUAAACGUGGUACACAUCAUUAUAUUUAGAGGUGUUUUCGAGAAUGAAGAAAUGAAGUGACAGACUACGAUGUUUGUUACACAGCUUUGUUGAAAGUUGUUUGGGAACAAGGAUGAAUCUCUGCUCGAAAUACUCGGGGUGUCCACAGGGAAAAAUGCCGAGUACUGCAUGGAAGCGGCGUCUCUCUGUCGCAUGCAAGUUAUGACAAGGAUCCACGCAAAGGUUCGUCGGAGAGAGCUGUUUAGUAGACUUGUGCAAUACUUGAAACAAUCUUCAAAGAACUGCUUUCUGUGUCAGCAUUCUUUUUGAAAAGCGAGAGCAACAUUGCUAAUUGUAUUUUGACGCCGCUCUCAAUAGUUUGACGAACUCUAGCGCGAGGCUGGGAAUGUAGCAGUUUGUCUCUCGCAUUCGUACCCAAUAACCUUGUGAUACGGUCCCCUUGAUAUCAAGCUAUGCCACCGUCAGCAUCUGUUUUUAGCUUAACAUCCUUACUGAUGUGGAGUCUGGACUUUCGGUUCCACCAUCAAUCUUAAAGGAUACGGGCUUAUGGACAUUCGUGCAGUAUUACCAUGUUACCGAAGUUCAGUAUUCAGUGACCAUUUCGUAGUUGCUUUUUUAUAUACUAAAUGUGCGUAUUUAGGCCCUGUAAUGUCGUCUUUCCCAAGUUUCAUUUUCAGCUGUAGACAAAAUACAUUACCUGUAUUUCUUUGUUUUCUAGAUUUGUAGUUUUUCAACUUUUCUUAAGGUCAAAGGGAUAAAAGUCGAUGAGGGAAGGAAUCGCCAGGAAUUGCCACCAAGAAAUAAAGCCUCAAGAUAGUGUCAUGGUAUUAUAAUAAUGGGGAUUCCUGUGCACACUUACUAACCCGUGGACUCAGCGCAUUAACUGCGGAUAGCGCUAUGUGAACUUCUAUUAUCAACGCGUGUCCGUUGAUUAUGCGCGACUAAUUUUAACUGAAUGUGCACAGAUGUGUAACGUCUUUGCACGAAAGAAACGUCUGUCGUCAAAGUGGUCUCUGAUGCUGUGCUGUUUUAAACUCUAGGAAGACUUUUUGCACCCACAUUUUCGACGUUAAGAGGUAUGGCCUCCCUCUCAUGGCUGGUCCUAUAAUAUGGGAGGGCUUAAAUGGAUCGGUCUGUUAAUGGCUAAGGUUUAGUGGUCUCACAACUGCGUACCCAUUUAAAAGUAGUUCCACCGUGUUUGGCACGUAGUCCACAGAACGGUAACCUGUAAUGUAUUUUCAUAGCUCAUUCUAAAAAUUGAGCUUUUCUUUAUGAGGAGCAUGUGACGAUUGAUGUGACGAUCGUAAGCUUUUUUAAACUGGUGAUAAAUGAUGAACAUUUCUAAAUAAAAUUGGUAUAUUUUGAAUCUGUGCCUUUUA